AUGCACGAGAUCAACGUUUGGGCUGCGCUUCUGCUCGCCGUGCUGGCGACUGCCAGGGCCCUCCCUUCUCUCGAUGGCGACAGAACGGCUCCUUUCCGGAGUAGGAAGGAGGCCAUCGACCUGUUUCACCCCAGCUUAUCCGCAACGCAAGCAACGUCAUUCCGCAACCACAAGCGACAGACCUUGGGGUCGAUCCCACUCAGUGGCUUCGUCCCUUCCAGUGGUGGGACAUCCGCAAACGGCCAGCCAUACAAUGAGAAGAAGAACGCUGGACUGAUUCCUGACAUUGCUUCCGCAGAGGAGAACUCCAACGGUCUCCCGGUUUACCCGUCCACCGUAGACGUUUUCACCAUUUGCAGCUGGACCUAUACGAAGUGCAAUGAGGGUGACAUCUGGCUCACUCCCAACGACACGACCGCCAUCACGUUUGAUGAUGGUCCAACGGCAUACUUGGCCGACCUGGCAGAGUUUCUCUCGAACGAGACCCAGCCGGCGACGCACUUCCUGAUUGGUUCGGCGAUUAUCAAUGCGCCUGAAGCCUCGGCGUCCAUACAUUUAGCCACAGCCUACAAAGCACCCAAGUCGGACCUCGCAAUCGUCGGCGAGCUCGGCUGGACGAUGCAGCUGAUCUAUGAGUGGACGGGUAAGGUGCCGAUGUACUGGCGCGCGCCGCAAGGCGACGUCGACGACCGGGUGCGAGCGAUCACACGGGAAGUCGAGACGGGCUUGGAGAGCUACAGCAACGUCACGUACGCCAGUGUCGUUGAGGCGUACAAGUCUUGGACGGGUGCAGCGCUUGGCAAUACUUCCAUCGUGGGUACCAACAAGCUCAUGCACGAGUUGACCGAUCAAAGCAUGGCGGCUUUCAAGGAGUAUUAUGCUUACUUGCAAGGGACAGAUUACAAAGCAGGCUCGGUCGCGUCCAUCAUCGACGCGCCGUGGUACCAAAAUCAGAUGACUCCAGACGACCCUACCGAAGCAGCGAGCAGCAUCAUUCCGACACGCGAAGCGAUGAACACUGCCGAUGGGGGCUUACACAGCGUAGGCUCUGCGAAAGGGACCGCGCUCGGCCCUUUCGCCACGCUUGAUAGGACCACUACGGUCGACUCAUCCUCUACACAGGUUGACUCCAGUGCGGAUGGCAGUGGCAGUACCGGUGACGAGCGGCUGAGCGGCAGCGGCGCAAUACUUGCGAGGCCGUGCCAGCAGCUUUCGCCGUCGGUGUCCUGGUCGCGUCGACCUUGA